UCUCAACACCCCCAGUAUCAAAUCAAAUCUGGUAUCGAAUCUGCGAUGUGCAAUUGCUUUGCCUAUUACACGCUAGUCCUCUGUCUUGAAGCUGUCGCCCCGCAUUCCGACCAUGGUCCGUGUCUGCGCGACGAGUGGCAAGGACGUAUAGUCCGGAUGCAGCAUCGUGAAGGAGUGAAAUUCAUCGCCUGUCCUCAUCAUCAUGAUGAUUUCUCGUACUCAUUCAUGCACUGAUUAAUAUAUAUCGGUAUCAUGCCAUAUCGGUUGUGAAAGGGGCUCGAAGCCGACUCCGCACAUAUCGGUGCUAAUCGAGAAGUUUCGACCUCCCGACCGCGACCUGUCUAGGCCCACGACAGACACUACGCAACCUCCCCUCUUUUGUCAAUGGCCUUCUCUUCUUCUCUUUUAUUCCCUGCGGCCGCAUAGGUUUAUUCACAUAGCGAGCUGAUUAUACCUGACAUAUCAUACUAUGUCCCUCGUGCAGCAUGUCUCUGCACUCGAGGGCGUGGAUCGCGCCGUAGAACCUGAGGAAGAAGAGACUUUCGACGUCUCCCACGAAGGAUAUGGGUCAAUCCGACGAAAAAUCAGCUAUGACCUCUUCCCACAGCCGGUCUCCGUUAUUGAAGAGACUUCGACAACUGCUCCUUACAAGGUUCCUACUGCGCAGAGACUAGCCCAGGUGCUCGCUACGAUAUUGGCCUGUUGGCUUGGUUCCGGAAUAAUUUUUGGUUUUGCGGCACUAAAACCUGUCCUUGUCGCCCAGGGUGUCUAUCGCAAUUUGUGUGCGGCGGAGGAGCUGGAUGGGGAGUUGGAUACCUGCACCGAGCAGGAGCUAAGAUUGAACUUCUUCUUCACCGUAGGAUCGAUCACAGCAAAUGUUUCGUCUCUUCCGGUCGGCUCUAUCCUCGACCGCCAUGGCUCCCGUGUUUGCGGUUUUGCGGCCAGUGUCAUUUUGGCUGCCGGCAGCUUGUUGAUGGCCUAUUCGUUCAGACAUCCAGAAGUCGAUGGCUAUAUUGCUGCCAAUUUCCUGCUCGCACUUGGAGGAACUUUUCUCUUUGUUCCCUCCUUUCAGAUAGCGAAUGCAUUUCCAAAAUACAGUGGCACCAUUGUUGCUCUUGUGACGGGCGCGUUCGAUGCAUCUGCUGCAGUUUAUCUGUUCUAUAGGCUAGCCUUUGAAGCGAGCGACGGAGUCUUAACUCCGGACAGAUUCUUCUUUGGCUAUACCCUGGUUCCCGUAUUGAUUUUCUUCACAUGGAUUGUUCUUAUGCCAGCUCAUGAUUAUCAGACCACCCACCAACUAGAGGUCAGAAUUGAAAAGGCAGAGGAUGCAACCAGGGAUGUUCAUGACUCGGAUGAUGAUAUUGAAAGCGAUGGAGAGCUCCGACGAAUAAGACGGGAACGUGCUGAGCGCCGCCGUGAAAAAAUGGUCAAGCUUGACAAAGUUCUUGGUGACGAGGAGGAACGAAAGCAGCGCGAGCAACAUGAAGAAGAGCGUCAGCAAACCAGUGCCGUCUGGGGUGUUCUUCAUGGCCUGCCAGCUCAUAAACAGAUGGCUAGCCCAUGGUUCAUACUCAUAACGGCGCUCACAGUUUUGCAAAUGCUCCGAAUGAACUACUUUAUCGCCACAAUCCGGUCCCAGUACGAUUUCAUGCUCGACGAGCAACGGGGAGAAGAGAUCAAUGAAUUCUUUGAUAUCGCCUUGCCGAUUGGCGGAGUAAUUUCUACGCCGUUCAUCGGGCUGCUACUCGACCACCUCAGUGUCCCAUUUACACUGGCAAUUAUAGUGUUUCUGACCACGGCCAUUGGCGUUCUUAACUCUAUUCCCACAUUGUCAACUGGCUAUUUAACCGUCGUACUUUUUGUUCUCCUACGUCCAUUAUAUUACUCUGCCAUGUCUGACUAUACCACUAAAGUCUUUGGCUUUGCCACUUUCGGUCGUGUUUACGGAACUAUCAUCUGCUUGUCCGGCCUGGUGAAUUUCUCCCAGUACGAACUAGACGCACUGACCCAUGGUCCGUUCGAUGGCAAUCCCAUCCCAAUCAAUAUCAUAUUCGCAGUAGCGGGAUUUGUCGUCGGCUCAAUCCUAGUUGGUUAUGUGGCGACGGCAGGAUCCCGGCUUAGGAAGCAGCAGCAGCAAGAAGUCGAGGAAGGUGAAAGGCAGAGAUUGAUCCCUGUGGCGGAAGAGGGGCCCGCGACUAGAUAUAUGUAGGGUAGGUGAGUGAAGGUGAAGAUGAAGGUGGAGUGCUGUAACUUCAUGCCUCGCAUAUACGAUUGAGGCCAUGGUUUACUUGUUGUACAUAAUACAUAUUCUCCCCUCAACUUAGGUUGAUAAAUAUAAUUAUGGCAGGGCAAUCUGCCUGCCCAGAAUACACAUUGUCAUAUCGAAAUGCCGAACAGACAAGACACGGCA